CCUCCUCCGAGGUUCCGGAAGAGUGCGGCGGCGCGGGCCGCGGCGAGGCUCCGCGCUUUGUUGUCGGCUGGGUCUCGCGCCCUCGGGUGCGCGGCGCGGACGCGGGGUCCGGGUGGCGCGCGCUUGCCGGGGACCUGCGGAGGUGGCUCCGCCCCGGCCCGCGGCGGAGGAGCCGGCGCGAUCCCUUGCGCCCGCAGCAGUCUCGGACACGCCGGGCCAGGCGCCCAGAGAAGACGGCUGCGGCUUUCCGGGACACAAUGACGAGUAGAAUGUGGGAGCGGCUGGGGAGCCGGUAAACGGAAAGCGAAAGCCGGGGGCCUGGUCAGUGACCGGGUGGAGGCGCCGCGAAGCCCUCCAGACGCCGGCGGUACCCGGGCCUGCCCUCGUGAGCCUGCCGGUGCGCCGCAGCCAUGGCCAUCGCCCACCUGGCCACCGAGUACGUCUUCUCGGACUUCUUGCUGAAGGAGCCCUCGGAGCCCAAGUUCGAGGGGCUGCGGCUGGAGCUGGCCGUGGACAAGAUGGUCACGUGCAUCGCCGUGGGGCUGCCUCUGCUGCUCAUCUCGCUGGCUUUCGCUCAGGAAAUCUCGAUCGGUACCCAAAUAAGCUGCUUCUCCCCCAGUUCUUUCUCGUGGCGUCAGGCUUCCUUCGUGGACUCUUAUUGUUGGGCGGCUGUCCAGCAGAAGGACUCCUUUCGGGGUGACUCUGGAAACCUUCCAUUGUGUCUGCAUAAGUUUUUCCCCUACAUCCUGUUACUGGUGGCGAUCCUGCUGUACCUGCCCUCCCUGUUCUGGCGUUUCACAGCUGCUCCUCAUCUUUGCUCAGAUUUGGAAUUUAUCAUGGAAGAACUUGACAAAGUUUACAACCGCGCAAUUAGAGCCGCGAAGACCAUGCAUGACCAUGACUUGAGAGACGGUGCUUGCCCGGCUCCGGAAGUUAAUGAGAUGGGGCAAAGUUUGUGGGAGAUGUCAGAAAGCCACUUUAAGUACCCAAUUGUGGAGCAGUACUUAAAGACAAAGGAAAACUCCAAAAAUUUAAUUGUCAAGUACAUCAGCUGUCGGGUGCUGUCACUCAGCAUUAUACUGUCAGCAAGCGUCUACCUGGGCUAUUACUUUAGCCUCUCCUCCCUCUCGGAUGAGUUCGUCUGCAGCAUCAAGUCCGGCAUUCUGAAAAAUGACAGCACUGUCCCCGAUCAGUUCCAGUGCAAGCUCAUCGCCGUCGGCAUCUUCCAGUUGCUCAGUUUCAUCAACCUGGUGGUGUACGUCGGGCUAGCUCCCGUGGUGAUCUACAUGCUGUUUGUUCCAUCCCGACAGAAGACGGAUGUUCUCAAAGUAUAUGAAAUCCUGCCCACUUUUGACGUUGUGCGUUUCAAGUCGGAAGGGUACAAUGACUUGAGCCUCUACAUUCUUUUCUUGGAGGAGAAUAUUAGUGAACUCAAGUCGUACAAAUGUCUUAAGGUCCUGGAGAAUAUUAAAAGCAAUUGUCAGGGUAUCAACCCCAUGCAUCUUCUGACUCACCUUGGCAUGGUCAAGAUGGACGUGGUUGAUGGCAAAAGUCACGAACCUGUGGAGAUGAUGGCAGAGGAGCAGGGGGACCAGACGGCAGAGCUCAAAGAUUUGAAUGUACACAAUGUAACAGAAGUAAAUAAUGGAUACAAGAAUGCUCGACAGAGACUUCUGGAUACUUCUUGCUGAUGAUUUUUUCCCACAAACUUCAGAUCAGUGACUUUGGCAACAUGGGAUUCAUUUUGGCUGAAGCACCUCUGGCAGGUACCCAGCUGGUUCUCAAUAGAUGGUUCUUGGCAGAGAUACUGAGUAUGUCUUACUGAGUCCCUGGUGAAAACGUUGGUCAACAAAGUGUUGUGGAGGAUGGUUCGUGAACUUCCUGUGAGACAAUGUGGAAACAAGCCACAGCAAACAUAGGUGUGUAUUUCCUCAUCAGAUGGAACGUGGAAAGACUAAUCCCAGUAAGAGUAGUAGACCUUUUAGUGCCUCAGAGGAAAACACCUUUAUGUACGGAUGGUGCAGUGAGCCUCAGAGCUACUGGAAAGCAAGGACUUUGGGAGUUUUCUUGUUUUGUUUUAUGAAAUAAUAAUAAACUUGUCAGGGUAUAAUUUAAUAUGAAUCUCAUCUGUGCCCUAGUGGCUGUUGGAUGAGAAAAAUAUUCACUGGCUGACUGUGGACCCCUAGGUGGCCCCGCUCCUGGCAGUGUUCUACUUUGAAAGAAUUGCUAGUGCCUCAGUUCUCAUACACCAGGCUCUGGAACCUGCCACCUAUCAACCUUGGCCAACUGAGAUCCUCUAACCACUAUGUGAUACCCUCUGCUGCAGCGGACCCAAGUGCUGCUCUGACUGAGAACUUUGUUAAUAAGAUAGAAUCAAAAGGCUAUUUAAUUGUGACUUCCAUACAGGAAAGAAUGCUUCUAAAAGAGCCCAGUGGGGAAAGCUGAACAUAAAGAACAAGUUAACCCAAUCACUUUGGAAGAGCUUGUCUGCAGGGCAUUUUCCUCUGUUAUCAAAAACGUUUGAGACAGAAUGUUACUUAAACAAAUUCAUAGAACACAGAGGCUUAAAGUGAGGGACAUCUUGCCUAUUCUGAUCAGAACGUAUAAAUGACAUCUGCCACAUGGGUGUGCUCGGAGCCAGAACAACUUCGCAGUUUAUUUAUACUUAAGAACAUCUUUUACAACUUCAUUUAAAUUUAGAAUCGUAUGAUGUCGGAAUUGAGGCCAUUUGGGAAGAACAUUCUAGCGUUGAUGGGGAAUUAUAGAAUAAAUGUUACAAGUGGGUAUAUAGUGUAUCACCCAAACAUUAUUUCAUAAACAUUUAAGGCUGACCCAGAAUAUCAAAAACCUUUUUCCAAUUCUGAUCAUGUAAAUAGAUCCUAAUCAUGUUUACAUUUUAUACAAAAUUCUUAAAAUGACGUCCGUGGACCUCCCUGCUUUUAUUCUUAGAAAGUUAAUACACUGCCAGUGAAUAAACCUAAGGACCCUCAAAGUUUAUGCAUGGCUCUUAGCGACUGUUGUUUACCUGAUCUAAUUACAUAAGCUGCUCCGUGCCUUUCAGAAUAGUCACAAAAGCAGAUUUUAUUUGUGCUUCUGUGAUAGUUUCUGAGAUGGAAAGCUAAUGGUAAAUCUCCAAGAUGCAAUCAGUGUUUUAAAUUAUUCUUACUGCAUAAUAUUUAUUACCAUUGAAUGAUAGUGUGACUUAGAAAUGUCAGUAACCUAAAUCAUCGAUUUUGCUACAUUUUUAUAUCACUAUAUCUGAGAUGUUUCAUUGCAAUUCUCUACACUGGUUUCUUUUUACCAUUUGAAAAACUUCUGAAAUAUAUUUUUCUAUGGUAUACUUUUUUUUUUUCCAAAAAAGCUUCAACUUAUUUAUAGAUGGUCCCUAAUUUAUAGUUUGAAGUGGUAAAAGUGGAUACAUUAUUUUAGGAGACCAGGAACUCUCUAAGCCCUGUCACAUGUAAUUCUUUAAUUAGAUCCCUUAACCUCUGUGCAUUCCUCCAUCCCUAGUCUCUGAGUUCCAAUAACAUCUGUGAUGUCCUGGACAUCACGCUAGUGACUGGCUACAUGAGUGUGAAUAAAGCAGGUCCUCAUCUUUGAGGAAUUCAGAGACUAGGAGUAAAAGGCAGUGAAGACAGAGGCAGGUAGCAAGAGGAAGAGUGACCACACUGAAGACCCUUCAAGAAAACUCCCAGUAAAUGCUCUGUGCUCUCAGAAGACACCAUACUGUUUUUCUCUUUCCCAUCACUUCUAUAGCUGAUGGUUUUGAGCAUCUAGUUACAGUUUUUCCCAGAGGUUCUUUAGCCACGUAUCCCCCAGGCUGAAGCUUGAACUAAACAAUAACACAGACAGUGAUUUUGAACAGGAAGAGCUCCAGUGGCCUUUUGUACCUUACCUUGCAGGGCAUUGGGAAUACAAGCCUGGGGGUACAUGAUGCUGUCCAUGAACAGUCAUGGCUCUAAGAGUCUGAUGUAGAUGUCUGGUCAUACAUUUUGGUUUGAGAAAAAGGUGUUAUUAGGAAAGUUAACUCCUCCAUUUACUGCUGGCUUAGAGGGAGGACUAUUUAUUUUUUUAAGUUCUUUAUUGGAAUAUAAUUGCUUUACACUCUUGUACCACCUUUUGAGGUACACCAGAGUGAAUCAGCUGUAUUUAUACAUAUAUCCCCAUAUCCCCUCCCUCCUGCGACUCCCUCCCACCUUCCCUGUCCUGGCCCUCUAAGGCAUCACCCAUCAUCAAGUUGAUCUCCCUUUGUUAUACAGCAACUUCCCACUGGCUAUCUAUUUUACAGUUGGUAGUGUAUAUAUGUCUAUGCUACUCUCUCACUUCAUCCCAGCUUCCCCUUCGCCCCCCUGACCCUCCAGCCCUGUGUCCUCCAGUCCAUUCUCUGCAUCUGCAUGAAAUUGAGCUAUAUGUAAUGAGCUGGAUAGACCUAGUGUCUGUCAUACAGAGUGAAGUAGGCCAGAAAGAGAAAAACAAAUACUGUGUGCUAACUCAUAUAUACGGAAUGUAAAAAAAAAAAAUGGUACUGAUGAACCCAGUGACAGGGCAAGAAUAAGGAUGCAGAUGCAGAGAAAGGACUACUUUUGAGGAGGCAGAUUCCCAAGGAUGAGGAGUCAGUCAUUGCUUUACAAAAGGGGACAAACAGAUCCUAAAUGACCACCGCCAGUAACAGCUGACUUUGUUUCUGGCCUGUGUCUUCUUGAUAAACCACCGUGAGGCCUCUAAACCAGCCUCAUUAAUACCAGUGUUAGGCUGGGGCUGGGACUGAUCGUUCUGACAGCAGUAUCCAGCUCCAUGUUUAAGUUCACCAAGGGACAGGCAGAGGUGCUCUAAUACAGAGGCUCUUAAACUUUUGGGAGGUUACAAACCCUCUUGUAAAUAUAUUCUUGAAAGCUGUGGACCCUCUCUUAGAUAUACACACAACACUAAAUACACUUUCAGGGGUUAUCAUGGUCCACACUCCCCCAGGUUAAGAAGCUGUGCUCUAAUGGCUGGGGACAGAGCCGCACGGCAGGGAGGCUCCCGCGGCCCUUGUGGAAAGCUGCUGCUUCCUACAGUAAGUCUCAGCUGUACAUUUACUUAGUGAAACCAUGUUUGCACACUUUUGAAUGAACUGUGGUUCCCUUUGAGUAACUGACAUCAUUUCCUAGAGUCAGACUGAAAAUGUUAGUUAAGAGAGCCAGUGGGGAACAGUAGCUUGGAGAGAUCAGGCAGCCAGCAUGGACUGCUAUUCUCUCUCUGGCCACCAGGUGUGAUCUUAUUCCAGACCCAAGGUCCUAGGAGAAACCAACCAAACCAUGUUGGUUUCUUUCGCUCAUCUCCAGGAUAAAUCAAAGAUCUAUGAGGGUGGGAGUUUUCACCCAUUGUUAUAUCCCAAGCUCCUGAAAAACAAUGGCUGGCAUGUUAUAGGCAUUCUGUAAAUAUUUGAACAAAUGAACACACCAUUAUAAUAAAUCCUAGUUUGUGGGCAACUGUAAUUUGAUUUUAAAAGGCAAAUAAGUCCUCUGCAAGCGAGGGGAGGCUCAUUUAGCCUGUGGAUGGAGAGAGGAAUAGUUCUGCAAAGGGAUAGGUUUCUGAAUGUAAGUAGUGAUGGUUCUCAGAUUUUUGUUGUGGAGUAAGUUGUGAUCACUUUGAAGUUCAGUACAAGUUCAGUGUUGCCUCGCAAUGAUUAGGGCAAUUAAAGUUACGAAGGUCCUGGUCUCGGUAAUUUCCCCCCAGAAUAACCUCUUGAAAAGGGAUGUUGAUUGAAAUGUCCAAUUAUAUAGUAACUGAGGUUUCAUCUGAGGGCCCUAGGAUGAAAUAAAUGGCUCCUUCUCGGCAGUUUUUGGCAUUUUCGCCCUUUUUUUCACAAGUAAAAUGAAACCUUUGAAAAAGUUUGGCAAAGAUGAUACUGUGUCAUUUGUGGAAUACAAUAGAUAUUAAUCUGUGAUUGUUUUGUCCUGCCUGCUUUAGAUGAAAUGUAUUGUGUUUCUGGGUUCUGUUUUUCACUGUAAAAAUACUUGGUCUGUUAAAGCAUGCGGUUUGAUCAGUCAUUGUUCUUCAAGUUCCUGAAAGUUACAAAGUUUCUCAUGCCUUGAGUAGUUUCCCCCUGCCCUACUAGAGGAGAAAAAGGGACUUCCACAAUGUCACAAGUGUUUCCUGCAGAAACAGAAGCCAUCAGCUCCUCUUUAACAAGUUGGCUUUUUUUAAAGCACCAUAAUGACAGUUUAAUGCUAUUCCAUAAAGUGGUGUUCUAGGCGUAAUUUAAAUUCUUUUUAAUGACUACGUUUCUUCAAAACUUUUAAAGAAAAACAUGCAUGUUCUUUUUGCUGUGUCAUUUGGUAAGAAUGGUUGGUUUCUGUUCCACAGAGAUUAAAGGAUGGGAACAAAUUAUGGUCUUAGAAAAUGACCUUCUAAAAAAGCUGAGAACCUUGAUAGCUCUACAUUCGGGAGAUUAUCACUGUUGUAUUUCAUGUUUCCGCAUAAGUCACCUGUCUACAUCCUACAUUCUGACCCUGCUGACUUGCAGUUAAGGAGAGUUGAAAGGCUGAAAAUCCAGGCUGCUGUGUCUAUACAUAGAAGUGAAACAAUGUUUUUGUUUGCACUGUUAUGUCUCCCUAAAUAAA